UACUGAACUUCUCUUCAACGACUGGACCGAUUUUGAUUAAAUUUUUUGUGUGUGUUCAAGGGGAUCUGAGAAUGGUUUAGAUUCACAAUUUAUAGUGGCAACAUUACUUUAUUGCUAAUUAUUUGUUUCGCGUGCAAUGAGAGGCAAUCAGUCAGUUAAGUUAAAAGAAUACGCGAGCGACGUCUUCUUCAGUAUACUGUUGCCUUGCCAGCGUCUCAUCUAUAAAUAGAACGCGCGCAAGCAACGAAAUUAAAUUCGUGCGUUUCCGUCUUCGUUCGUAAACGGGCAUUGGUCGCGAGGUUUUGUACUGGCCGUUGGAUGUUUUGUUAUCAUUGUGUUAUUGUGGAGAGUGUUUUGAGAAGAGUUGUGAAGUGUAUCUAAAAUUAACAUAAAAUAGUGCAGAAUCGAAGUGAGUAUAUUUCUUAUAAUUGUUUUGGGCGUCAUUAAUGUAUGACUGUUUCACUCAUUUUUGUUAUGUAUUAUUUUACAGUAUUUUCCUUAUACAGAAAAAUGCCACGUCUUCGUGGAAGAGCAAAAAACAUUGGUCGGCGUACUCGGACCGCCCAAUUAGUCCAUGAGCGUCGGUUAAAUAGAUCAAUUGAAGAACACUCAACGGAUAAUGCAAAUGUAAGAGAUCAAGUUGCAUGUUCACGAGCAAAUGAGAAUGCAGAACAACGCGUUCAACGUCUUCAUGCUAAUGCAUUGAGACAACGAGAGGCACGUCAACGAGCUACCGACGCACAUAGAGACCAUCAUCAUCAACAAGUGCAACAUAAUCGAGCAUUGUCACGAGCAUCAUUUAAUCGUCUUGCGUUCGAAUAUUUUCCUGAAAUAGAUUAUUCGUCACAUGCACUAAUCACGAUAGGUAGUAUGGACAAAGAGUGUCAAUAUUGUCAUGCUUUCAAGUAUAAAGGUGAAUCAACUGGUUUAUGUUGCGCAUCUGGAAAAAUUUCACUGCCAUCGCUAAAUCCACCACCGGAACCUUUAAAAACACUUUUAGCCGGAACCACAUCUCAAUCGAAAUUGUUUUUGCGAAAAAUUCGUAAAUUCAAUUCAUGCUUCCAAAUGACAUCAUUUGGAGCAACAAAAAUUGUUCAUAAUGAAGAUGGUCGUAAUUUUGAAUCUACAUUCAAGAUUCAAGGUCAGGUGUACCACCAAAUUGGUUCAUUGCUUCCAAUGCCUGGUGCCGAUCCAAAAUUUCUACAAAUUUAUUUUAUGGGCGAUGAGGAGCAACAAUCACAUACACGCUGCCUUUACAACCAUAUAGAGCGGAUGGAAGAACGAGAAAUUGUGGAUAAUUUGCAAACGUUUUUGCAAAACAAUAACCAAUUGAUACGAUUGUUUAAGACUCUUUCUAACAGACUGCAAAACGACAACUACGUCAUUGUCAUUAAAGCAGACAAAGUGCCCUAUGGAGAGCACGCAGGCACAUAUAAUGUUCCAACUAUUAAUGAAGUUGCAGUCAUUAUGGCUGGUGACCCAUGUGAACGUCGAGAUAUUCGCAUACAACGCAGAGAUAAUACGAUGCAAAUAAUUCAAGACAAUCAUCGUUCUUACGAUGCUUUGCAGUACCCGUUGAUAUUUUGGGAAGGAGAAGAUGGAUAUCAUAUCAAUAUUAAACAAAGAAAUCCAACUACAGGUGAAGAACUGAACAAGACAGUUAGUGCUAUGAACUACUAUGCAUAUCGACUAAUGAUUCGUGCCAAUGAAGAUAAUGGUAUUCUCCGAUGCAGACAGCUAUUCCAUCAGUACAUUGUCGAUAUGUAUGUAAAAAUCGAAAGUGAGAGAUUACGAUACAUAAAAUUUAAUCAAGCAAAACUUCGUGCUGAUGAGUACAUUCAUUUACGUGACGCCGUAAUCGGCAACGUAGAUGCAACGAAUGACAUCAACAAUAUUGGUACCGCAUAUAUUCUCCCAUCAUCAUACACUGGUAGCCCGCGUCAUAUGCAGGAAUAUAUUCAAGAUGCCAUGACUUACGUACGUGCAUACGGCCGACCUGAUCUUUUUAUCACAUUUACGUGUAAUCCAAACUGGGAUGAAAUCAAAAGUUUACUGUUGCCAGGUCAAACAUCGAUGCACCGUCAUGAUGUCACUGCACGUGUAUUUAAACAAAAAUUGAAAUCUUUGAUGAAUUUGAUUACACAUUACUCGGUAUUUGGUGAAACGCGUUGUUGGCUUUACUCUGUUGAAUGGCAAAAACGAGGUUUACCUCAUGCGCAUAUUUUAAUUUGGUUGGUGGAUAAAAUACGCGCAGAAGAAAUUGACAAAAUUAUUUCAGCGGAAAUUCCAGAUCCGAAUGUUGAUCCAGAAUUGUUUAACAUUGUUACUACAAAUAUGAUCCAUGGUCCAUGUGGCACUCUAAACAUGAUGUCGCCAUGUAUGGAUAAUGGAAAAUGUACAAAACGUUUUCCAAAACCAUGUGAAACUGAUACUAUCACCAAUAUGGACGGUUAUCCAUCUUAUCGACGUAGAGACGUAGACAAUGGUGGUCAAUCAUAUGAAUUGCGUCUGUCAAAUGGUGUGAGAGUAGAUAUUGAUAAUCGCUGGGUAGUUCCAUAUUCGCCAUUGCUGUGCAAAACCUACAAAGCGCACAUAAACGUUGAACUAUGCAGUUCGGUUCAGUCAAUCAAAUACAUUUGUAAGUAUGUUCACAAGGGUAGUGAUAAAGCUAUAUUUGCUGUUCAAAAUGUAAACGACAAUGACGAAAUAACACGUUAUCAAAUGGGUCGAUACAUAAGUAGCAACGAAGCUAUUUGGCGCAUUUUUACGUUCCAUAUACAUGAAAGGGAUCCUGCUGUUAUACAUUUGGCUGUGCAUCUUGAAAACGGACAGCGUGUUUACUUUACAGAAGAAACUGCACUACAACAGGCUUUGACGGCUCCAAAAACAACUCUUACUGAAUUCUUUAACCUUUGUAGUCGACAAAAUGCUGUUGGUCAAUUCGCAAGGACGUUGAUGUACACUGAUGUUCCUAAAUUUUUUACAUGGAAUAAACAAUCAAAGAAUUGGGAACCGCGGAAACGAGGCAUUCCAGUCCCAGGAUUCGCUGAUAUAUUUAUGACAAAUACUUUAGGUCGAUUAUAUACAGUUCAUCCUAAGCAACGCGAAUGUUUUUUUUUGCGUUUAUUACUGGUUAACGUCCCUGGACCGACGUCCUUCCAAUAUUUGCGAAAAGUCAAUGGUACUUCAUACGACUCUUUCUUCGAUGCGUGUCGUGAGUUACAUUUAUUGGAGGAUGAUAACCAUUGGGAUCUCACACUUGCAGAUGCAGCACUGAGCUCAUCUCCACAACAAAUUCGUCAAUUAUUUUCAAUAAUAUUGACAAUGUGUUUUCCGUCUGAUGUAUCUGCUCUGUGGAACAAAUAUAAAGACUCAAUGAGUGAGGAUAUUUUGCAUCGGACUAGAAUUACUAAUGAAAAUCUUAAUAUUGAAUUCUCCGCCGAAAUAUACAACGAGUCAUUAAUAAUGAUUGAGGAUAUUUGUAUUCUUAUUUCAAACAUGCCGCUCAUCCAUUUUGGAAUGCCAGCGCCGAAUCGCCCAGCAGUAGACAUCAUCAACAGCGAUGUUCAACGUGAACAGCAGUUCGAUAAGACUUCUUUGGCUACUUUUGUUACGGAAAAUGAACAAUUGCUCACUGCUGAACAACGAAAUGUAUAUGAUCAAAUUAACGUUUCAAUUGCAGCACAACAAGGUGGAUUCUUUUUUUUAGACGCUCCAGGUGGCACUGACAAACAUUACCAGUCAUUCCACGCGCGACAUAUGCAGACGAAAUAA